CGUCCUGGAAAGGAAUUUGAAGUGAGAAAGCACUAUGGAUUUGACUUAUAUUCCUGAAGACUUAUCCAGUUGUCCAAAAUUUGAAAAUAAAUCCUGCCCUUUCACCAACCGCCCUCUUCAUGUCCGAGUGAUGAUGUACCUGCUUAUGACUGGAGCUAUGGUGAUCACUAUCUUUGGAAACUUGGUUAUAAUAAUUUCCAUAUCUCAUUUCAAACAGCUUCAUUCUCCCACAAACUUUCUAAUCCUCUCCAUGGCAACCACAGAUUUUCUGCUAGGUUUUGUCAUUAUGCCCUACAACAUGGUGUGAUCAGUAGAGAGCUGUUGGUAUUUUGGGGAUGGCUUUUGUAAAUUCCAUGCAAGCUUUGGCAUGAUGCUAAGUCUGACCUCUAUUUUUCAUCUCUGUUCCAUUGCUAUUGACCGAUUUUAUGCUGUGUGUCACCCUCUACACUACACCACUACAAUGACCUCCUCCAUGAUCAAGCGACUGCUGGCCUUCUGCUGGAUAGCCCCAGCCCUGUUUUCUUUUAGUUUAGUUUUAUCUGAGGCUAAUGUUGCUGGUAUGCAGAACUAUGAGAUUCUUGUGGCUUGUUUUAAUUUUUGUGCCCUUACCUUCAACAAAUUUGGGGGGACAAUAUUGUUCAUUACACGUUUCUUUACCCCAGGCUCAGUCAUGGUUGGUAUUUAUGGCAAAAUCUUUAUUGUUUCUAAAAGACAGGCUCGAGUCAUCAGUAUUAUGCCUGAAAACACAAAGGGGGCAGUGAAGAAAAACUUAUCAAGGAAAAAGGACAGGAAAGCAGCUAAGACUCUGGGCAUAAUAAUGGGGGUGUUUCUGGCUUGUUGGUUGCCUUGCUUUCUCACUGUUUUGAUUAAUCCGUAUUUAGACUACUCUACUCCCAUAACAGUGCUUGACCUUUUAGUGUGGCUUGGAUACUUCAACUCGACCUGCAACCCUCUCAUCCAUGGCUUUUUUUAUCCGUGGUUUCGGAAAGCUCUCAUGUACAUUAUGUCAGGGAAAAUAUUCAGCUCACAUUCAGAAAGUGUGACUCUGUUUCCUGAAGCAUAA